AAGACACGAAGCCUGGCCAAAAACAGAAGCGAAAGCUCUAUAUCAGAAAAGUCAACAGAAACUAUAGCAGCGCCUGGCAGCCAAGAAAGACAAGAUACAACAACUGAUAUAGAAGCAAGAAUGAAAGAAUAUGUGGACGUGGCAAUUCAGGCCACAAUAGCAGCAUUAAUAAGAAACAUGCAACAAUACAUAGACCGGCAAGCAGAAACCCAGCGAGAAUAG